UUAGGGCUGGCAACAUAGGUCUAAGCUAUAAUCUGUAAAGUCAGUGGCAGCACUUGCCUAAGCCUUGUAAUAUGGCCGCUACAGGCAAGAAAUCAAAGAAAAUAAAAUGGAUCAAAGCCGACGCCACAAACUUCAUUGCAGAGUCCACUACGGUCCCUGCAGCUAACGAUUGGGCAGACUCCGUAGAUGAUGGACAUACAUAUGUAUCACGUCAUCGAGCACCCGUGGUGUUGCCAUCAGCGUCACGAGCUGCACGAGGGGGUCUUGCGGUUGAUGAUGAGUCUAUACCACGUCGCCCUCCCUACAUUGCUCACAUCUCCAAUUUGCCUUAUGAUGUUGAGGAGAGUGCGAUCAUGGACCUCUUUGCGGGGCUUAAGAUAAACAACUUAAGACUACCGAAAGAAGGGGGUCGUCUUAAAGGUUUUGGAGAUGUAGACUUUGAAGAUAGAGAGAGUCUUGUCGAUGCAAUGAAUAUGCCUGAUUUGAUGAUCGGAGGUAGGAGAAUCAGAAUAGAAGUUUCAACCCAAGAUAACGACCGCCGCAUGGGGAGAAGCGGUAGAUCUGAUAGAGACAGGGAGUACGACCCAGAGCGCACGAUGGGCGACUGGCGCUCCGGACCCCGCGCCGUGCCCGAGCCAGCGCGCCGCGGAGACGCGCCGCGCGACCGCGACCGGGAGCGCGAGCGGGACUCGAGCGCGGAUAACCGACCGGGAGCUUGGCGGGACGCGGAGCGCAGUGAGCCGCCGCGCGCGCCCUACGGUGGAAGAGACUCUUACGGACGCGACCGGGAUGGGGGACGAGACCGUGGUUAUGGUGGACGUGAUGGUUUUAGAACAGCAGAUAGAGAUGGAUAUGGAAGUCGCGAAAGUAGAGGAUUUGGUGGACGAGGUUUUGGAGACAGAGAUCGCGAUCCACCGAGGGAAGAAAGCAAGCCUCGUGAACGUCCCAAGUUAAAUUUACUCCCGAGAACUGUGCCCCGGGAAACUGAGACGCCUACAAAACCCGCGGAUGGAGCGCCUCUCGAAGAAAAAGUGCCGGAGAAGAGUGUGCCUAAACCUGUCCCCGCAGAGAAAGUAUUUGGAGCUGCAAAACCUGUCGAUACUGCGGCAAAGGAACGUGAAAUAGAAGAACGCUUACGAAAACAAGAGGAAGAAGCGAGACGCGCCGCCGAGGAAAAAGAUCGUUGGGGUCGCAGGAACGACCAUUCCGGCGAUCGACGCGGUGGUGCUAGACGUGAUGAUCGUGAUCGCGGUAGAGAUUCACGCAGUUACAACAGAGACAGGCGCGACUACUCCCGCGACAACAGAGACUACUCUAAAGACAGUAGAGACAGGCGCGACUACUCGAGAGACGAUAGAGACAGGCGCGACUAUUCCAAGGACGAUAGGGACCGCCGCGACAACAGAGAUCGCGACCACAGAGACGAUAAAGACCGUGAGUACAGAGACGACAAAGACCGCAACUACAGAGACGAUAGAGAUCGCGACUACAGAGACGAUAAGGACCGCGAUAACAGGGACGACAGGGACGUUAGAGAGGAUCGUGACCGGCGCGAAGGGUCAGGGGAGCGGAGAGAGCGGCCCGCGUCGCCCGAGCAGAACGGCCGCCAGAGCCGCAGCCGAGACCGCCGCGACGCGCCCGAGCGGGCCCUGCCCCAGCUGAGGGAGCAGGAGAAACCGAACUUCGUAGCUUCAAAUAAAUUUAGUUUCCUCGAAGACGCAGACGACGGCAGUUCCGACUAACACGUGCUUUAUUUAAAAGUUUCCGUUUAUACUGACUCGAGUGUAAAGUGUAAAUUUACGAGUAAAGAAGUGUCGGCGCGUGUUCGCGGUGUUCGGACGAUCAUCCAUUGUGCUAUUAUAUAGAACUCAUUAGUCGUUAGUGCGGUGUGGUGGUAUACGUGUAUAUUAGGAUCGCUGAUGCUCACACUGCUUCGAGGCCGGCCCCAGCCUGUAAUGUGAUCUUACAAAUAAAGCUGUAAUCCUUCCACGUUUUAUUCAAUUCUAGUGUAAAUCACUAUUCAUUCCGAUUCCUAAAUUUUGCUUUAACGUCUUGAACGCAGCUUAUGAAUCGAUCACAGCACAGGCUGGGGCAGCUACUUUGUAACCGUGAACUGAUUGGUGUAAAUUUUUCUAUGGGUUUGUUAAAUUGUAAUAUUAUAAGCCGGGUUACAUUACAAUAUCGGCCGAGCAAUUAUUUCUACUAUUUUGCAAUGAACUGAUAAGCUUACAGGUGCUCUCAAAUUCAAUUCCUUUGUGAAUAAUUUGUUUAAGCAUUGUUUUUGUUUGUUUUAUGGUAAUUUCAUUGAGAAACGUUUUUAACAUACAACUACUAGGAAUUUUGUUUCCUUAUUUUAGAGUAUGUCUAGACUAAAUAUUUAGUCGAUUUAGAAUUAUUAUUAGAAUAUUAAUUGUAUUAUUUAUCUUUACACUCAAAAUUUGUGAAGCAGUUGUCAAGUCUUAAUUUGACGCAUAUUUACAUUUUUAGCCUGCGUUGAAUAAGCGAGUCAUAGAAAGAAGUAAUGAUAAUGGACCUGGUCACAAGAAUGUUGAAAUAGCCUAUG